UUAGCUCAUGUGUUACAGGACACUUUGUUUCUCAUCAUGCUGUUCGUUUAGGUGGAGCUUCAUGAGAGAUUUCGAAUUGCAAUCUUCUCAGUGCUACCAACCAUCAACCUACUGUUUUCUAUUAUAGAUAAGCUGACUACCUAAUGUUAAAAUAAAUCAUGACGUUUCUUUUUGUGUUUUACAAAGUUCAGGUGUUGUCAAGUGACGUCUUCAGUCUGAAUCAACUUUUUGGGAUUGGUGCUGUAAGGACUGUUUAUGAAAUGCUGAGUGGAACUGAAGAAACUGGAUGAAUCACUUUCUUUUUCUUUUUCAUAAGCCUUUAUCUUUAUGCAUAUUUACUUCUAGUCGAUGGACCUUAAGAUGGCAAAAUCUGAGUCAUGGGGUUUAAAUCUGUAAAACAGAAAGGCUGAUGAAAGACCAAUGACAACCACAAAUCUGUGGUCAAGUCAUGUAUUAAAGCGUUUCAAGCAUAAAUCAGCGAUUUAUCAAUAUUUCAUACCAGAAUCUAUUUGUGCUUUAGAAACAGUCCCUCUGAUCAUCCAUGUGAGCAAAUGUUAACCUGGCUGCCUUCUCAAUUUAAACGCAAGUCUUUAAAAUAAAUCCUACUACUACUAAUAUUGUUACUAACAUUGCUAUUAUUGUUGUUAACAUUUGUAACAAUAUAAAUUUUUAUUUUUACCUUUUAGUCUAAUUACACUUUUAUAAAACAAGCCACAAAAGAUUCAACAUUAUAAUAAAACAAAAAAUGAAUGUAAAGAAACCAAAACACUACAUGGAACAGUGCAGGCUAACCUUGUUUAACCGUAGCUUGAUUAUUCUCUCACUGACAAACCUGCAGAAUAAAAGAAGCCAGAAGUGCACAGGAGGAAGAUGGUCGAUCACAACAGUUGGGGCCACGUCAACCCAACAUGUAGUCACAUUUCUCAGGUGUUGCAGUUCGGGUUACGUCGAAGCUCAUGAUGUAGGGUUUCCUGUUACAAUGUUACAAUGUAGAUUACUGGCAGAAAUCUAAAUGAAGCCUUAGAGGUGCAGGGUUCACUCUUACAACUUUUUCUGCUUCGCCUGGAGCAAAAUGUGUUUCCUUAUAUAAAGAAAUGGAGGGACAUGUUCUUAUAUAGUGCUUUUCUACUCUAUCAGAACACUUUAUACAACUUGCCUAUUCCAUCCAUUCAUGUCAAUACUUUUUUUUCCAUGCAAGUGCUUUCUAAUCUAUUCCUACUCCAAUGGAUGCAUCUGAGAGCAACUCGGGACAGAAGAAGUGUAUGGGGAAACUGUUGGAAUAUAAUGCUGACGUCAAUAUCUGUAACAAUGAAGGCCUGACUGCUAUCCACUGGUUAGCAGUAAAUGGGCGAACAGAGCUCCUGCAUGAUCUGGUCCAGCAUGUGUCCAAUGUGGAUGUUGAAGACGCCAUGGGCCAGACAGCGCUACAUGUAGCCUGUCAAAACGGACACAAAACAACGGUGCUUUGUCUUCUGGAAAGUGGAGCUGACAUUAACCGACCAAACGUCUCUGGAGCAACGCCUCUUUACUUUGCUUGCAGCCACGGCCAGAGAGACACAGCCCAGAUCCUUCUCUCUCGAGGUGCCAAGUACAUCGCUGACAACAAUGGAAUCACUCCACUGGAUGUCUGUGUGCAGGGAGGAUAUGGAGAAACCUGUGAGAUUCUCAUCCAGCACCAUAGCAGGCUGUUCUUGACCCUCAUCCAGAUGACGCAGAAUAAUGACAUUAAAGAGAACAUGCUCAGACAGGUUCUGGAACAUGUCUCUCAGCAGAGUGAUAGUCAUUACCACAGGAUCUUGACCAGUCUUGCAGAAGUGGCUACCACCAAUGGACACAAGCUUCUCAGCCUGUCUAGCAGUUAUGAAGCGCAGAUGAAGAGUCUGCUGAGAAUUGUUCGUAUUUUCUGCCAUGUGUUCCGCCUGGGGCCUUCAUCACCAAACACUGGCAAUGACAUGGGCUACAAUGGAAACAAGACGCCACGCAGCCAAGUUUUUAAGCCUCUGGAGCUACUAUGGCACUCCCUGGAUGAGUGGCUGGUGCUCAUCUCUACAGAGCUGGAAAGGAAUAGGAAGAACCCAUCUUCCUCCUCCAGCAGCGAUAUAGCCUCUCUGCUUCUGAAACAGCGUGAGUCAGAACAUGAUGGGUCCACGCCAAAGCUUCCCUCCUUGCUGGAUCAUCAGAUUGUCAUCGAAUCAGAGGCGUAUGCUGACGGGGAGGACGUCAUCUCCAUGACAGCCAGUCGACUCAGUGCUGUUAUCCAGGCUUUCUACAUGUGUUGCUCCUGUCAGAUGCCCCAAGGAAUGACAUCACCCCGCUUCAUUGAGUUUGUCUGCAACAAUGAUGAUGUGCUCAAGUGUUUCGUUAUCAGAAAUCCAAAGAUCAUCUUUAACCACUUCCACUUUCUCCUUGAAUGUCCAGAGCUGAUGUCACGCUUCAUGCAUAUCAUUAAAGGCCAGCCCUUUAAGGAUCGGUGUGAGUGGUUCUACGAGCAUCUGUUGGCCGGCCAGCCGGAUUCUGACAUGGUUCAUCGUCCAGUCAAUGAGAAUGAUGUGCUGCUCAUCCACAGAGAUUCCAUAUUUAGGAGUAGCUGUGAGAUGGUGUCAAAGUCCACCAAUGAAAAACUCAAACAAGGCAUUGCUGUUCGUUUCCAUGGCGAGGAGGGUAUGGGCCAAGGUGUAGUUCGGGAGUGGUUUGACAUUCUAUCCAAUGAGAUCAUCAACCCAGACUACGCUCUGUUCACUCAGUCAGCUGAUGGUACAACGUUUCAACCCAACAGCAACUCAUCAGUGAACCCAGACCAUCUGAACUACUUUCGAUUCGCAGGUCAGAUUCUGGGUCUCGCUCUGUACCACCGGCAGCUGGUCAACAUCUACUUCACACGCUCAUUCUACAAACACAUACUCGGUAUCCCUGUGAAUUACCAGGACGUGUCUUCUAUCGAUCCAGAGUAUGCUAAGAAUCUGCAGUGGAUCUUGGACAAUGACAUCAGCGAUCUGGGCCUGGAGCUCACCUUCUCAGUAGAGACUGAUGUGUUCGGAGCGAUGGAGGAAGUGCCACUAAAACCCGGAGGGACCAGCAUCCUGGUCACCCAGGACAACAAGGCCGAGUAUGUGCAGCUAGUGACAGAGCUGAGGAUGACUCGAGCCAUCCAGCCUCAGAUAAAUGCAUUCCUGCAGGGAUUCCACACCUUCAUCCCCGCCUCGCUCAUUCAGCUCUUUGACGAAUAUGAACUGGAGCUCCUACUAUCAGGGAUGCCCGAGAUUGAUGUGCAGGACUGGUGUAGGAACACUGAGUACACCAGUGGAUACGACACUCAGGAGCCAGUCAUCCAGUGGUUCUGGGACGUGGUGACGGGCCUGACCCAGGAGGAGAGGGUUCUCUUGCUUCAGUUUGUCACGGGAAGUUCCAGGGUUCCUCAUGGAGGAUUUGCCUACCUGAUGGGUGGGAGCGGUUUACAGAAAUUCACUAUUGCUGCAGUCCCGUACACCUCCAACCUGCUGCCUACCUCGAGUACCUGUAUCAACAUGCUGAAACUUCCAGAAUACCCAAGCAAGGAGGUCCUGAGGGACCGCCUGCUGGUGGCUUUGCACUGUGGGAGCUAUGGCUAUACCAUGGCCUGAGCAGUGUCUGCAGGUUUGACCGUCUCCAGCCUCCACCUCCUUCCUCCUCCACAGACGACCCUUUUGCAGUCAGCUGCUUCUUCUGCUGGAUGAACAGGGAAAAUCCUUAAACAGGUCCAGAUCUCCCUUCACGCCUGUGCCAGGAUUUCAUUUUUCAGCUUUCAUUGGAGACACAGCAGAGACUGACAGGAGUGCAGAGGGAGAACCUGCAGCAUGUGGUCGCCUCCUCAUCCCACUGAGCUAAACCAGCACCCAGCAUUUCAUUUUUAGGUGAUUUAUGCAAAUCAUGUAUUUCAAUGGACUGUUUUUCAUGCAGAUAUUUAUUUAGGAUUAAAACAUUAUUUAGAAGAUACGUUUUGUACUGAAAACACAUACCAACACACAUUGUGUUGAGAUUAUAUAUCAAAGUGCAUCAUAAACAUUAUCACAAUAUAUGGAAUCACGUUUUGUUUUUGUGCCGUCUCAGGCCUUCAUCGUUCGUUUACUCUUUGGGCCAGUAUUGUGUAACUGUUUGAUACCUGGGCCAAUAACAGUGAACGCUUUUUGAUACCUUUGGUUUUAUAAUUACAUGACCAAAAAUAGUCGUAAUCAUUUGCCAUUUAUUUCUUAGAUGACUCAACAAGCCAACACAGCAACCAACUGCACAAAGUAUCAAAAGCCCAACCACGAAACAAAGUUUGAAACAUGGAACAAGUCUGUAAACAUGUAGACUCCAUGUCCUCUUACAGGCGGCGCCUCCUUUGACAGAUUUGUCCUACGUUGUCAUGGCGCCGCUAUAACUGUAUUCAAUAAGAUUUUGUCAUUUAAACCUUCUUUUAGGCUCCUCCCUGAAAGCUGAAACCAAAGUCAGCUGGAUGGGUGAUGAAACGUUUCCCCCGCUGAAAGCACUGAUGAUGAUGAUGAUGAUGAAGAGAGUCCACGUUUUGAAAGCAGGACUCUUUUUCAGUUUUUGUUAUUGUUGAUACAACACUGCGUUCAAAGAGAUGGGCAUCGUGCCAUUAAUGUAUCAGCUUGCUGUAUUUUUCCUCUUUGUAAAGGGAGCAUAUAAAUAAUGUAGAGAUCGUUUAAUCUGUCAUAUUUUUUCAAAUGUGUUUUUAUACAGACACUGGUGUUGCUGGUGUGUAUUGAUAUUUUUGCUGAUGUUUGUCUUUGAGAUUUUAUCUAAUAACACUCGGACAUGUUGCCAUUAAGCAGCAGAGGCAAA